AUGGUUGAACUUGGUGGCAGUAAAAGCGAGGAGAUGGAGAAUCUUCGACGGGAGCUUGAGAUUACAAAAGCCGAGAAGGCCAAGUAUGAAAACCUGUUGAACCAGAGCUUGGAAAGAGAACGCAAGUUCAGACAAGCCCUCGAAAAAGAGACAGAUCUCAAAGAAGAGUAUCAAGAGCUCUAUAAACGAAACGAAGAACUCCUGAGCGCACGCUCCAUUACGGAGCAACAAACAAAUUCGCUGGAUAACAAGUUCUUUAUUGAUAAGAUGACAUUCCUGCGACAAGAUAUUAGGCAUUUUGCCCACCAAUACUUCAGCAGCUGGGCACCGAAGGCCAAGCUCUCACCCGUGUCGGUCCAGGAGAUGGCCGGAUUACUCAAUUUGGAACCUUUCGCUGUACUGGGUUCAAACCCUUCUGCGACUGUCCGCGCAUAUAUAUGGAGAUUACUAGCACGAAAAGUCUUUGGGAGAUUCGUUUGGGCGGAACCUUCUGAAGCCAUGCACGAGCUCACUGAGUAUCUAAGGCCAUCCAAGUCAUCCGCUUCUGCUCCGGAGCGAGACAGACAACGCCAGUUCGAUCUAUGGAAAGCCAAGACAAGUACAUUAUUGCAAACCACUAGAGGUACACGCGAGGAUAAAACCGGGGACAUGGCUCAGAGUGAUAGUAUUAACCAGCUAAUGAACACUUUGGUGGGACUUGUUGGAAGUGGUGUGAGAAGGAUAGAGCUUAUCAAGCCAGUUAACAUGAUUUGGGCAUAUGCUGUGGAGUUUGACAUGCUCAUGCAUACACAAGACUCUGGGUUGGAGUUAUACUAUGGGGGUAAUCUGUCGAGUCCAACGAAGACUGACGAUAGUAUAAUGGAACUGGAUUCGGAGAGCGAGGCGCUUCCAAACGGAGCCCCCGUAAGCUUGGUAUUCGAGCCCGCUUUGAGAAGAAUGGACGAUAGUGGGUUAGGCCAAGAAGUCUAUCUGCUCAAGAUGGUGGUUACAUGUCAUGUCAAGGAGUCGGACACUCAGAAAGAGGGCCUCAAACAGGGACAAACUAAAGGUUUGGGAGAACUGAAGAGGACUGGCAGUCAUUGGGGGUCGGUGAAACGUUUGAUGAAGCGUCCAAGCUCGAACGGUAGAUAG